AUGUAUGACAGACUCCUUAUGACUCUCUCUACCCUUUCCAUACUCUACCAGCUAUUCUUCUUCCGUUAUUCAAAUGAGACCUAUUCCCACGGCCGAGGAGGUCCUCCCCACCAUGCAGCGCAUCGUCGACCGGUACAAUGCCUUUAUAAAAACCAAAACAUCGAUCAAUACGGGAAGGAAUCCAUUCUGUGGCUGGAAAAAGAACUGCGAGCUUACACACGAGCUGGACAUGGACAGCUCUCGACGGAAGAGCGUGAUGCACUCCGCAGAGAACAGACAGUGACUUCCGAUCUUGAAAAGGCAUUCCGCCAGAAUCUGAUGCAGGAGAGCAGGGGAGUCUGGCUGACACCGGAAGAGGUAGAGGGGGUUCCAGAGAGAGAACUGAAGGAAUGGAAGGAAUCUGCCGAGUUGGCUGGAUCAGGAGAAGACAGCAGGAUAUUCAUCCCCUUUGCGAAUGGGGGUUAUAGAGCCAUCCUAACACACGCCACAUCUCCCGUCGCCCGCGAAAAUAUGUGGCGGGCUCAUGGCGUGAAGCUGCCCGAAAAUGUGCCCAUUCUGCAGGAGAUCGUCUCACGGCGUGAGGCAAUGGCCCAUCUGCUGGGAUAUUCAGACCAUGCGGCCUUUCGGCUAGAGGAGCGGAUGAUACAGGAUGCAGAUCAAGUUGCUACUUUCUUGGCACGAUUGCAGGAUAUAAUACGCCCAUACGCCCAGAGGGAAGUCAAUGCAUUAAAAGAGAUGAGAAGGAUGGACAAGGAUCAGGAGUGCCAGGAUGACACGCUUCCCCCAUGGGAUCGGCUGUAUUAUCAACGACAGCUAGAAACAUCGUUUCAUUGCGACCAGGAGGCCAUCGCAGAGUAUUUCCCCUUGCAACAGACAGCAACGGCAAUGCUUGAUAUCUUCGCCACGAUGCUGAAUCUCCGUUUUGACUCUGUGGAGGGAUUAACAUUCCCCUUGAUCUGGCACGAGAGUGUGCGGGUGUUCACUGUAUGGGAUGGAGAUGUCUUUCUAGGCAAUCUUUAUCUUAAUCUUGUCUGGCGGGAGAAGAAGUAUAGGGGGGAGCAGUGUGUGAUCAUGGAGCUGGGAUACUCUCAUGGUAAGAGACAGCCUCCAUCUAUCCUAUUGAUGGCUACAUUCCCAGCGAAAGAAGUCAUCCUGCUUCACCACCAUGAAACGACCAGUCUGUUCCAUGAAAUGGGCCACGCAAUUCACAAUCUGCUUUCUCACACGCAAUACGCUCGUUUCCAUGGAACCCUGCUCCCCAUUGAUUUCGGCGAGAUCCCCGGCAUGAUGCUUGAAAACUGGUGCUGGCGAGCAGACGUUCUGCAGAAGAUAAGCUGUCACUAUACUUAUCUAGAUAAUAUUCUAUCAUCUCGCUGGCGGGCCUUGCAUCCCAGACAGCCAGAUCCCCCGCGAUCCAUUCCGGAUCAGCAGAUGAAUGCCCUUCUGUGUGCCUGUCAAGGAAAGGCAUUAUACUACUCUUCCAUUCUGUGGAAAACAUGGUAUGAUGCCCAGGAAAAACUAGGAAUAGAUUUCUCCACCUGUCGUGAUGGCUUUGAUUUUGUCAACUUCGGCCAUCUGGUCAGCGGGUACGAUGCAGGGUAUUACGCGUACGUCUGCUGCGCUGCCAUCGCCCAGGAUCUAUACCGCACUUGUUUCGCGGAGGACCCAUGGCGGGGUGAGACGUGGCAGGAAUACAAAAGGCUAUUGCUUGCUUUUCUUGGCAGGGCAGUUGAGCCGGAUGCGUUGGUCUGGGGGUGGUAGCCACAGGAAACCAUGUUGUACUGUUCAUAUUGAUUAAGAGUAUAUUAAGCAUACCCAAG